UUUCUUUCUUUUUUUCUUUUUUUUUUCUUUCCUUUUUUCUACUUGGGGCUUUGCCUCGCUUCUGCUUCAGUGUAAAUCAUGGCUCUCUUCCCAUUUUCCCUUGCUCUUGAACAAGGGAAAAAUAGAAAGGGCCCUCCUUUUUGCCUUUGAAAUCAGUACCCAUAGCCCUAGAUUCUUGAAACACCCUGUAUAUUUUCAUAUCCAAUUCCGCCACCGACCUUCGUCUUCUGUCCUUUAUUUCUAGGGUUUCUUUUUUCAAACUUUUCGCUGCUUUUCUUUUUCGGGGUUUGGUAUGGUUGUUAGGGGUACUAGUGUCGGGUGUCAAUUCUAAUUAGGGGGGCUGUAUUGCCAAAUUUCAAGAAUUCAUUGGAUCGUUAUUAGUUAGGGUUUUUCUAGGGUUUUGGUUUUGGUUGUUAAGAUGAGGCCAGGUGUUUAUUGCAUAGACUGUAGCAUCACUUGAUCGUUAUCGUAAUCCAAUCUGGUCCGUCUUUUAGCAGAAUCUUCUUCGUCUUUUUUUCUGCCUUUUUUGGGUUUGAAUCGGGUUCUUUUUUUUGGGUGGUGUUUUUAUUUCUUUUUGUUGGGAAUUCAUGGCGUAUCAGCCGAUUCCGGGUCCGAGUUCUGGGUCCAGUUCGAGUUCCGGGUUUCAAUUCUUGAAUUCCCCUUUUGGAGAUACUACGUACACCAAGGUGUUUGUGGGAGGAUUGGCGUGGGAGACUCAGAGCGAGACUAUGCGCCGAUACUUUGAGCAGUUCGGUGAGAUCCUUGAGGCCGUUGUCAUCACCGAUAAGAACACUGGCCGAUCGAAGGGUUAUGGUUUUGUGACUUUCCGGGAUCCCGAAUCUGCAAGGAGAGCCUGUGCGGAUCCAGCUCCAAUUAUUGAUGGUAGACGGGCUAAUUGUAAUUUGGCUUCACUUGGACGACCCCGACCAUCUAUGUCUUAUGGACGUUUGAGACCAGUCACCCCUUACCUUGGAAGUGUGCCAGCCACCCGGGGAAGCUAUGUUGGAAAUUUUGGCUACCAGCAACCAGUUUCUUACAGUUACCAGCAAGGAUUUAUGUACCCUUCAUAUGGAUAUGCAGCAUAUGGACCUGAAUAUGUGUAUCCACAGGGUGUUUACAAUCCUUAUCCAGGCCAGCAAUACCUUCAGAUAUAUGGGGUGCCUGGGACAGUUAAUACAGCUAUUUAUCCGUAUGGACAAUUGGGUCAGACUCUUCCCAGCAGUCAUGGUUAUACAACGGUACAGGGUUAUGCAAUGCCAGGUCAUCAGUUCAUGCAAUUUGGUGGGCCUAGUGUCAAUGCCAUAUCAACAUCGCCUAUUCCAACAAUUCAGGCACCCUAUCCUACAGGUAUAGCCGCACCUGUUCCAGCACAACCACAGUUUAUAGUUCCUGCUCAUUCUCCUCAGUUCAUUCAAGGCAGCGGUCCUGACCAAACAACUGGGUGAGGGGUUGAUCAAGGUAUCCUUAGAUUGCAGCAGGACUAAGAGCAGCUGUACUGCUACUUGAGUGGCGGGCUUCAGAUCUAGCCUUGCAAAUUAUCCAUUUCGCAUUCUAGAGGAAUGCACCAUCAAAACAAUGCAAUAUCGCAAGGCAAGCUUUCCUAAAAUUUUCUACAGGCAUAGUGUGGUUGUGAACUGAUGACAACUUAUUCUGGCUGUGGUAAGUUAUGAGAAGGAUGAAACUGUAGUUCUGAGGGAUGGAGGUCACAAAAUCAGGGAUGAGGAUGGAAAUUGCAGAAGGUGUUUCUGAUUGAAAAAAAAAAAUGAAAAAAUUGCAGAAGGCAAGGAUGUAUAUUGAGGACCAAAAAGAGGAGGAUGAACACCAUGGCCACAUGCAAACGCACCCAACCCCCCUCCCCCCACAAAAAAAGAACACAAACACUCUUAUCAUGCACAUGUCCAGUAGGAGCUGGUGGUUCAUCAAAAUAGGUAUAGGCCUUUACCAUGAAUAACUCAUCUUCUCCUAGUCUUGUUCCAUACCUCCCACAUGAAUAUGGAGAUUUUUGAAAAAAUAGCCAAAAAGAUUGUCACCCUGAGAGCUGUUCCAAGGGAGUAUAGGUAGCAGUGUUGGGAAAUAGGUCAAAUUCACAAGGUCUUUGACUCAAUGUUGCUAUGCUGGGCUGGUUUCAGAUUCAUUUGCUUCCAGCCAGCCCAGUUCUGGUUUUGAGAUUAUAAAGGUCAUACAUAGUCAUGCUCACCAGAGAAGUCGGAUGUCUGAGUCGCUCCUGAUGGCGGAGAAGGAACCAUGGAAGUUGCGGGUUGCUCUUCCUUUACCCUAGUGUAUCUAAACCCUCAUAUACUGUCAGUGCUCAAAUUACUGGCAGCAUGAUGGACUAAUGGAAGCUGGAAUCGGUUUCUGGCAACCAAGUAGGAAUAAAACUUUUUUUUUUUUUUAAGAAAAAAAAAGGGAAAAAAAUCAGCAUGUUAGAAUCAAGAUAUGAUUCUUUUAUAGUCUAGUCCCAGCAUUUGGGGUGUAUAGAUAGUCUCUGGUGUUGGUGUGUUGGUGCAUUCUGCAUUGUAUCCUAAAUGAUGUUAUUUUCUUUGUGCAUAUUAGUAGUUGGGGUUUUAUUGAAAAAAGCUCAACUCUGUAGUUUGGGAUGAUUUUGAGAGCCCUGACUCAUAUUGCAUGGGAAAAGCUCCAGGUCUCUUACUAUAUUUUAGCAAAAAGAAAGAAUCUUGCUGUGUGUACUAAAGUUUCUUUUGUACCCUGUGUCCCCGUUUCUAAGCCCAGCCUCAAAUGAGAAAAGGCAAGCUCAGAAAUUUUUCAAUAAACAUUUUUUGGUGCAUUCAGUAGGGCCAAGUUCCUGGGAGGGGGGGAAUUAAUUUUUCUUGCUGGUCCGCAAAAAAGAAAAAAAUAUAUAUAUCAGAGUUGGAAAAUAGAGAAUAGCCAUAUAUCAUUUUUCACUAUUAUUUGAUUUGUUAUAUUUGGAAUGGAAUGGGAACUGAGUGAGUUUUCCCUGUCAGGGUUGGCCCCGUUUGUAAAAUAUUAUUUCCCAGGCAUGUUGGAAAUUCUGGAAUAGAGAAUAAAGAUUAUCAUGUUUGGAUUA